GCCACGCCAGCUGUUGCUUCGCCGUCGUUUCUUCCAUUGCUCAACUGGUGCCCGCCUCGAAUUAUCUGCCCUAGUUCAGCCUCCCCUAAACAAAAAAUCUUACUAUCACGCACAGAUCCCCGGUUUUUUUGUUCUUUCUUUCUCGCAUACCGCGGCUGAAACAGUUUGGUCAUGUAGCUCUGAUCUGGUAGUCUCUUUUGGAACCUCUUUGUUCCAAGAUCAAGAACUAGGUAUUGAGGGAGGCUCAGAUCGCUAUGGACGGCUCCGGUAGUGUUGAGCCGAGCGAGAUCCUCAGCUUAUUGGCAGCUGUUUCCUACGGCAUAGCUUCAAUGGCCAUGGUUUUUAUCAAUAAGGCAAUCCUAAUGAAGUAUGCCUACUCGAUGACACUUCUUACUGUGCAGCAAUUGGCAACUGCACUUCUAAUUCAUUUAGGACGUGUUAUGGGAUAUACAAAAUCGUCCAGUUUGAACCUAGCCACCGCAAAAAAACUCCUCCCACUCUCCCUAUUCUACAAUGCCAAUGUUGCGUUUGCUUUGGCAAGUUUGAAGGGGGUAAACAUUCCUAUGUACAUCGCACUGAAGAGACUCACACCUCUUGCUGUCCUGAUUGCUGGAUUUUUCUCGGGAAAGGGCAGGCCACAGUUGCAGGUAUCUCUUUCAGUUCUUGCGACUGCUUUGGGCGUCAUCAUUGCAGCAUUGGGGGACUUCUCUUUUGACCUGUUUGGGUACAGCAUGGCUCUUACUUCUGUUUUCUUCCAGACCAUGUAUCUGAUGCUUGUGGAGAAAUCUAGUGCAGAGGAUGGGCUUUCAUCAGUUGAAAUAAUGCUCUAUAAUGCAAUUCUGUCGCUUCCCUUUCUUCUAUUCUUAAUUAUAGCCACUGCAGAGUUCCCCCAGUCUUUGUUUUUACUGUUUGAAAAGGCACAUUCCUUCACAUUCUUUCUAAUCUUCAUUCUUUCAUUGGUAAUGGGAAUUGUUUUAAACUUCACAAUGUUCCUCUGCACAAUUGUAAACUCUGCGCUAACAACAACAAUCGUUGGAGUUCUCAAAGGAGUUGGCUCUACUACUCUUGGUUUUCUCUUGUUGGGUGGCGUUGAAGUUCAUGCUCUCAAUGUCACAGGAUUGAUCAUCAAUACUAUUGGUGGUGUGUGGUAUUCAUAUGCCAAAUAUCAGCAAAAGAGAAGAGCACCUAAGAAACUAACUUCUGAUGAAGAAGCUCAUUACAAAGAGAAAAAUUAGGCUAUAUUAGCAGUUUAAUCUCUUCUCUUUUCAAUUUAUUUUGAUGUCUUGAGAGUUUUUAGGGUCAAUAAGUGCAAUAAAAAUAGGUAUUGUUUACCUACAUCAAAUUCAAUUGACUGAGAGCAUUAGGAGCUGUAAAGACUUAAUUACCAUGGGAAUAGAUCUUGUAUUACUCAACUUGUAAUAUCCUAAAAACAUUUUUUAUGUAUUGUGCACUCAAUCAUAAUUAAACAAAUCGCCUUUCUGUUGCAUUA